AUGCCACCUAUUCAAGGCGGCAUCGGCGAGCGCCCGCGGGUGAUUUUGUACCACCAAACACUCAUCCCUGGUGGGGGCCAGUAUGUCUCCAUGCUCCCACUCCUCGAAAACAACACGGGCAUCUCGCAUAUUAUCAUCGCUGCCAUCCAUCUAAAUGAUCAACCCGGGGAUAUCACUCUCAACGAUGACCCGCCCGACAGCCCCAAAUUUGACCCCCUGUGGGCCGAGGUGCCCCUCCUCCAGCAGCAAGGCGUCAAAGUGAUGGGCAUGUUAGGAGGUGCCGCACCGGGCUCUUUCACACGACUCGACGGCAGCCAAGAUCAAUUCGAGAGUUGCUACACUCCUCUUCGAGAUGUGAUCCGCCGCCACGGUCUCGACGGAAUUGAUCUUGAUGUAGAAGAGAACAUGUCUCUGCAAGGUAUUAUCCGGCUCAUUGACCGACUCAAAGCCGACAUGGGCGAUGCAUUCAUCGUCACCCUAGCCCCUGUAGCCGCAGCCCUCCUCGGCAUCGGCAACCUGUCAGGCUUUGACUACCGCGAACUCGAGCAGGCUCGUGCUUCCAAAAUCAGCUGGUACAACACACAGUUUUACAAUGGAUGGGGCCCCGCCGAAGAUCCACGCAUGUAUGCUGCCAUGGUCGCUCAGGGCUGGUCUCCGCGACGAAUCGUGUAUGGCCUGUUGACAAACCCGGGCAAUGGAUCGCAGGGUUACGUGUCGCAAGACAAAAUAGGACCGGUUUUGGCUACGUUGAUCGAGCAGUUCCCCAACUUUGGUGGCGUUAUGGGGUGGGAAUAUUACAAUGCCUUGCCUGGUGACCAGCAGAAGGCGUGGCAGUGGGCAGCUCAGAUGACAUUGAGCAUGGGUAUGAAGGAUGUGGUUGUGGCAGCUCGUCAGGUGUUGGCUGGGCCGAUGGCGAGCACUCUCAAUAAUUUGUUUCAAGACAUGAUGAACCAGAGACGGUGA